AUGGAUCGCAAGCUGGAGGUUAUUGAGCCUCUUGUCGCUCUGGUGGACGAGAUGCUAAAGUCAAAAGUGCCUGAAUUUGUUUAUUCAGAUAACCAUUCAGAUAACCAUGCCAGACAGAGCACUUGCUCAAAUAUUCAAAUCAAAGACUACUAUUCAAAUGACAGCUUCGAGCAUACCAGAUAUAUGGAUAAUAGUUCAGAUCUAUGCAAUCCAAAUACAGUGAAUCUUUUUGUACAGGAGUAUGGUAUUGUCGAUUGGCAAAGUUUGCUAUAUCAACGACAGAGAGAAUCUGUGGAUGAUAAAGGCAUUGAUUAUCUGAGUUUACGAGAUUUACAAAACAAAGAUUGGGCCAUAUCAUGUGCAAAUGAUGGUAUAGCUGCUGCUCGAAAAGGGAACGAUUCCAGUGCAAUGAGGAAAUACAAUGCUGCACUAGACAUGGAUCCAAAAUGUGUAGAUGCUUUAGUUGCACGAGGGGCAAUGCUAGCAAAUCAGGGAAGAUUGGACAGAGCGUUGGUAGAUCUGAAGCAUGCUGUGUUGCUCAACCCAAGGCACGAAAAUGCAUCACGAUAUCUCAAACGAACGCAAGAUGCCAUUGCAAAAGAGGAUCAAGAAAAAAAGGCAAUUCUUAGAGGAGAAUUUUUGAUGCCUGCAAAUUAUGAUCCUGGAGACAAGAAUGCAUCAAGACUGAAUAGUGCUUCACUACCAACAGAUAAGUACUCGUUGAUAGAUGAUCCGGAUUCAAGCGACUAUGAAGGGCCAAAACGGCCCCAUACAUCUAAUUCCGAUAGCAAUGACCAAUCUCGGCGCAAAAAUAAGCACAAACACAAAAAGAAGCAUAAGGAAACAAGUAGGAAAACAGGCACUUCAAAAUCUAGUAAAAAGUCAAAGAAAUCUAGAGACGACGACUAUUAAACCAGCGAAGCAUAAAAAAGUCGUUCUACUACCACAGCGGAGGUGAUCGCUCAUCUGAAAGUCGAAAUGGUUUGUAAGAUUCUAAAAGUGACCAAAGUCGCUUUUUAUAGAAAAAGCUGCUUUGAGGCUGCUUCAAGUAUAAAACAAUUCUAAAAAUACAAUUGUAUCGACUCUC